AUGGAUUUGAAAAGCCGGUAUACAAACUGUGAACUGCGGCCAUUCUAUGCUGGCAGCGGUGCAGUCGCUUCCGUCUCAGAUAAUGGACAGCUUCUUGCAACUUCUGUAGUCGAUGAGGUGAUCAUCACAGAGCUAGGUUCUACAAAGCGAGAGCUGCACAAAAUAGAGAACGGUGACGAGCAGGAAAUAACGGCUUUGCAGCUCACUCCUGAUGGGAACUUUUUGGCAUUUAUGUCACAGGCUCAACUUCUGCGAGUAUACGACUUGAAUGCCAAACAGGUGAUAAGAUCAAUGAAAAUUUCUUCACCAGUGUACGUGAUGGAUUGCGACGACAGUUCUACUCUAGUGGCUCUCGGCGGUACUGAUGGUAGUGUCACCGUUGUGGACAUUGAGAAUGGUUAUGUCACUCAUUCGUUCAAGGGCCAUGGUGGAACCAUAUCCAGCGUGAAAUUUUAUGGAGAGCUCAACAGCGCCACAUGGAGACUAGCCUCAGGUGAUACCAACGGUAUGGUGAAAGUAUGGGACUUGGUACGCAGGAACUGUCUGUACACGAUGCAAGAGCAUACAGCCGCCGUGAGAGGGCUUGAUCUCAGAUUGCCUGAAUCAUCAGAAAAUGGUGCUCUGGAACUGUUGUCUGGAGGAAGAGAUGAUAUCGUGCACUUGCACCAACUCGGGCCCGGCAAAAAAGUCAAGUUGCAGAAGUCCAUUCCUGUGAGUCAACAAAUUGAAGCUUGUGGGUUUGUUCAGGUACCUGGCCAUGAGGACACCAUCUAUACUGCAGGAGGCGACGCAGUGUUUCAAUUAAUUUCUCUAGACUCUGGAGCCGUGAUAAAAAAGACCAAUAAGCCAAAAGAAGAAUUGUUUAUAAUAGGAGUCCUACCAAUUUUUCAAGGGCUCAAGGCCUAUCUGGUCUUGUCAGACCAAACUUUAUUUUUGACUGAUCUUGAAACAUCGCUCGAGGCUCCUGGAGAAAACAUAGUCAUCACCCAAAAAAUCGCUGGUAAUCAUGGGACUGUUGCCGAUAUGAGAUUUGUAGGGCCUGGGCUGGAUCUGCUAGCUUUGGCGACUAAUUCUCCAGCUCUCAGAAUCGUGCCCACGAAUGGCUUUUUCUCUCGCCAAAAUGGUAUCGAAAGAGAUGUUGAUCGUGUUCAAGAUGGCUCGAGUUCUGCAGAAAAAGGCCAGAGUCUGCCAUUGGAGGUCGAAAUUUAUGAAGGACAUACUGAUUUACUGAAUGCACUGGACUCUACGGAGGACGGGAAAUGGCUAGCAACUUGUUCAAAAGAUAAUACCGCCAUAGUAUGGAGACUCAAUUCAAAAUCCGAAAAAUUCGAGCUGUAUGCCCGGUUUAUCGGUCAUGCAGGUCCGGUAACUGCUGUGGGUUUACCCAAUGUUGUGAGCAAAGAUUGGCCACCCUUCUUAAUAACUGCAUCAAAUGAUUUGACAAUAAAAAAAUGGGCCAUUCCAAAGCCUUGUGAUGACGAUGGUACCCAUAUCAUCAAAGCAUCCGAAUAUACACGAAGGGCUCACGAAAAAGACAUAAACGCAUUAUCGAUUUCACCUAACGACUCCGUUUUUGCCACGGCCUCUUACGAUAAAACCUGCAAGGUCUGGGAUGUGGACAGUGGCGAGCUUCAAGGUACAUUGGCUAGUCACAAGCGUGGUCUCUGGGACGUUUCAUUUUGUCAAUACGACAAACUUUUGGCGACUGCGUCUGGUGAUAAAACUGUGAAAAUUUGGUCACUGGAGUCAUUUUCCGUGCAGAAGACGCUUGAGGGACAUACAAAUGCAGUUCAAAGAUGUUCAUUCAUCAAUAAGAAUAAACAAGUUAUAACGACCGGUGCCGAUGGUCUGAUCAAGAUAUGGGAUCUUUCUACCGGUGAAUGUAUUCGUACUUUAGAUGCUCAUGAUAACAGAAUAUGGGCUCUCAGCGUGCUGGAAGAUGGAGAGGAGUUUGCCACAGCCGAUGCUGACGGUGUGUUUCAGUUUUGGAAGGACAACAGCGAAGAGGAAGCAAAAGAAAAUUUGGAGAACGAGAAACUGAGAAUCACCCAAGAGCAAUCUUUACAAAACUACCUUUCCCAAGGAGACUGGACAAAUGCAUUUUUAUUGGCGAUGACGCUAGAUCAUCCUAUGCGUUUAUAUCGGGUGCUAGACAGCAGUUCUCAAGCGCAGAACUCAAAAUCCACUCAUGUCUUCAACGAAGAGCUGGAUAAAGUUAUUGGCGGUCUUGAGGAUGAGCAAGUGCUCACACUACUAAAACGAAGCAGAGAUUGGAAUACAAAUGCCAAGACACAUUCGGUGGCCCAGAAAGUUAUUCGUUGCGUGUUAAUGAAUCACAACAUAGCUGCUCUUAGUGACAUACCAGGCAUUAUGAACAUCAUCGAUGCAAUCAUACCAUACACAGAAAGGCAUUUCACGCGAGUCGAUGACCUAGUCGAGCAAAGCUAUAUCUUGGAUUACUCCUUGGUAGAAAUGGAUAAGCUUAUGUAG